CAGAUGCCCACCCUGCAGCCCUCCUGCAGCUGCGGCCGCGGCCCCAGCGUGGCACAGGGGAAGUGGUACGGGGUGCGCUCCUACCUCCACCUCUUCUAUGAGGACUGCGCCGGGGCCAGCCCUGAUGGGGACACAGAUGAGUCUUCACCUUCCCAUCCCCGUGGUGUAUGGCCCUCCAUUAUCUGGAAGGUGACCCUCUCCACAGGCACUCUGUUUCUGCUGGUGGGAGUGGCUGCCCUGACCACAGGCUGGCUGGUGCCCCCCAGGCUGGAGAGCAUCGAGGAAGAGGAUCUGGUGGUGCUGGACGUGCAGGCCAUGCGCUACAACCACGUGCUGAGUGCGUGCCGGCUGCUGGGCACGGCGCUGUGCAUCACAGCUGCAGUGCUGGGUGCUGUGGGGCUGCUGUGCUGUGUGCUGGGCAGAGCUUGGGGUGGCCCCCAAGAAGAGGAGCAGCAGCUGUCGCCCAUCCUGCACAGCAGCCCCCAGGGCCCCGUGGUGCCCUUCGGUGCCUCCCAGCUCCAUGGUGUCCAGCCCCGGCAGGAGGUGUGAGUGCACUGGGUGCACUGCUGCUGCUAGGUAAAAUGCUGGGAAAUGCCCUGCUUGAGGCGUGGGGGUGGGCAGAGCGGGAGGAGGGGAGGCUGCUUGGGCCGGGGUGCUGCAACCCAGUUCAUAGAUGUGGUGGAGAUGGGAUGGGAUGCAAUGGGAUCGGAUGGAGCAGGCAGCUGCCCAGCAAAGCCCUGAUCCUGACCUGACACAGCCUGAUCUCAGCCCAGAUCCAGCCUGGACUCAACUAGAUGCCACCUUGGAUCCCUUUCUGGCACCCAGAUGGCUGACCCCGGAUCCCAGCUGUGCCACAGCUCAGUGCCUGGAGCAUCCUGUGCACCAUCAGCCACCACCAGGUCCUGGCCCAGGACAUCCCAGCUCCUCCACCUGCUCCCCAACCAGCCGUGGGGUCGGACAGGCACAACCAGCAGCUGCAAACGCCCGAUGCUGCCAGGUGCCUGCAGUGGGAGCUCUGCCCCCAGCACAGCACCCUGCCCUGCAGCCCCACGCGUUCAUCCACGCCGCAGCCCUUGGGAUGGAGCAGAUGCUCUGCCUUGGUUUCCUUCAUUUUGCUCUUUCUGGGGUGAAUAAAAGACACGUGGCUGUGGGCUUUUCUUGCUGCUGAGGCUCAGCUCCGGGGCAAUGAAUGUUGUGCAUGGGGGAUGUGUGCUGCAGCAGCAGUGCAUCAGAGCUGGGCAGGGCUGCUACAACACAGAGCACUGCCAGGCACAGGCACCCACCUGCCCCUCACUGUCCCAAGGGUUGCUGCACAACACCCAAGAUCAUUUUCUUUCCCUCAGUGAAGACAACUGAGUACAAAUACCCUGCCAGGUUGGGAGCAGCCCUACGCCAACACAAGGGACUGAGCCCACCAAGGGGUCUGUGCAGCUUUCAGAUGCAGCUCUGCAAUCCACACAACAUUCAAGCAUCCCUUGCUUCCUUGAGGAAGGGGCCGCAGGGCCUCUGCUUUUGCAUUCCUUCUGAAGGGCUGAGGGCACUAUUAAGAAAAUUGCUCCUCCAGAGGAAGUCAGAGCAAGCUAAAAAUACGCCUGGCUGAGCUGGUAAA